AUGAGGAGAUGCGCACGGUGGAGCUCCAUUGGGUCUUCUCCAUGCUCUGUGGACGCCGAGGAGUUCGGCGCCCUGUACGCGGCGGCAUUGGAAGACGGAGGUGAAGAGGACGUGGGGAGGCAUUUAGGAUUUUCGAUUGGGGAGGGACGGGUUCAUUACGGCGGAAGAGCGGAGGUCGGUGCGGGCGGCGCUGGGGAUGAAGUGGGUGAAGACGCCGGAGGAGUACCGGAGUAUGAUCGUCAGGGUGGACUUAGGUGGCGACUCGGCGAUUUCCGACAGAUGAUGAAGUGCUGCCACUUCGUCAAGAAAAGAAACAACCGAGGCAGUGGGCUGCUUGGACCUGUCAGGAGGAACGGUUCCGUUGUCGGAGGCGAAGAUCCACCACAUUNAAAAUUAUGUGGGCAUGCUCUUGAUGCAAAUUAUGCUGAUAGAGGAAAGCAGAGUAUCGAAACAAUAUGCUUACUAUUGGCUUACAAGUUAAGGUAUCCUGAAAAGAUAUUCCUCUUGAGGGGAAACCAUGAAGAAGCCAAAUCAACUGUAUAUGUGGAUUCUAUGACGAAUGUACGAGGAGAUUCAAUGUUCGACUUUGGAAAGCCUUCACCGACUUCUUAA